AAAAAAUCUGAUAAAUACAUGCAGUGACCAAUUGUUCAGCUUCAGUUUUUCUAAACACAAACAUAGCGUCGUAGAGAAGUACAUAUAUUCAGGAUGGGUAGAACUUUUUUCGUUGGUGGUAACUGGAAGAUGAACGGCUCCAAGAAGGAGAUCAAGGAGUUGGUCGGUGCCUGGAAGGAUGCCGAUACUGAUAAGAACACAGAGGUUGUAAUCGGCUGCCCCGCCAUCUAUCUAGACCUACUUUCCAACGAGCUUCGCUCAGACUGGAAGGUCGCUGCCGAGAACGUAUACAAGAAGAAAUCUGGAGCUUACACAGGUGAGACAUCAGUUGAUAUGGCGAAGGACUGUGGUAUCGAGUGGGCCAUCCUUGGUCACUCUGAGCGUCGUGAUAUCUUCGGCGAAACCGACGAGGAGAUCGCUGAGAAGUGUGCAUUUGCUUUAGAGAACGGUCUCAAGAUCAUCCCAUGCAUCGGAGAGCACCUCGAGGAGCGUGAGAAUGGUACCACUAUGGAUGUAUGUGCCAAGCAACUCGAGGCUAUGGCCGCAAAGAUCAAGGACUGGACCAACGUAGUCGUUGCAUACGAGCCAGUGUGGGCCAUCGGAACAGGAAAGGUCGCCACCCCUCAGCAAGCACAGGACACGCACAAAGACAUCCGCAAGUGGCUUGAGGACAACGUGAGCGCUGAUGUGGCCGCGUCCGUCCGUAUCCUAUACGGUGGAUCAGUCAACCCUGGAAACUGUGCUGAGCUAGCUAAGUGCCCAGAUAUCGAUGGUUUCCUAGUCGGUGGUGCUUCACUCAAGCCCGACUUCACCACAAUUAUCAACGCCAACAAGUAAAUGGUAUUUAUACAGUUAAAAGCAAAGUGUUGAAAUGAAAUCGAUGCUAUAGUAAAUAAAGACAAAAUUCGCAGGUA